AUGAGGCUGUACCUCUUUGCCCCCUUCCUUGUUGUUGGCAUGCUGAUUGUACUUGUCGAUCCUGCAUUGGCCUCCAGGGCAUCCGAGAUCAAAACACGUGCGCCUGAGUGCGAUAACUGCAAUGGCCACCAGAAGACCAAUUCUUCCGUUGGUCAAGGAGAUGAAGAUCGAGGCAUUUCCUGGAAGAGCUUUGGCCUUGGCAAGCUCACGACACUAUUCGAGUCAGCACGAAACGAGGAGCUCCAAUUGCUCUCUCAUAUCGAGGAGACGAUCGAAAGCGCGUACAAGACCGCAGGGCUUAGCUUGCUGUCGGUCUAUGAUAAAGAGAAAGUUAUGCAGCCACGUCUGGUGGUCGAUUUCUUUUUGAGUUAUCGAUUCAAGAGCUGGAUGAAGCAUGCUUUCAGGAAGAACAAGAAGGACCCGUUCGGUGCGAUGUUUGCUGCUCUCAAGGACGAUUUCAACGAGAAGAAUGUGGCAAUACUUAUACUGCUGGCCAAGGACUCACGAAGAACACGUUCGAUCGCCCUGAAGCUCGAAGACGCGCAGGUCAAGUGGUGGUUCUCGCGGGGCUACACUCCCAAGUAUAUCCUGGAGAACAUCAUUGACGUAAGACUUCAGUACCUACACACCGACAGCCGACUUGAGAGUUUGUAUGUACGUUAUGAAACGUUCUAUAAGAAAAAUCUCAAGAAAAAACAGGCCCAAACACUCCUUUACGUCGACGAGACGAUCAAAGACGCCAGCACGACCUCAGAGCUCAGCUCGAUCAGCGAAGGUAGCUACAUCAAGCAGCAUCUGGUGGUUGAUUUCUUUUUGAGUCCUGAAUUCACGAGCUUGGUCAAGCGUGCUAGCAGUAAAAACAAGCAGAACCCAUACGGUGCGGUAUUUGCCUAUCUGAAGGACAUUUACAACGAGGUAAACGUGGCAGCAAUCAUCCGUUAUGCGAAUGACUCGAAGGAGGUUCGGUCAAUCGGCAAGGAGCUCGAAAAGGCGCAGUUCGAGUGGUGGCACUGGAAAGGAUACAACCCAAAUGACAUUCCGGAUCGUAUCUUUGGUCUGAAGCCACAGGACGUCAAGGAAUUGCCAUGGCUGAGAGGUAUUUUCAAACGAUACGGCAAGUUCUUCGAACAGCAACCGGUUUCCCCCACGACACUGUUCAUGGCCAUGCAUCCAAGUUGGAAACAGAAGGGGAACCGUCGUGCGCCAUGA